CACGAUCUCGAGCGGAAUCGGGAGUACAGUAAGUACGGUGCGAAAAUUAUAACUUUUUGGGAAAUUAUGGCGCAGCGGCGGCCGAGGGCAGCAGGUUUUCCAAUUCGGUACUGCGAAGGCUACAAAAAUGUCAUCGCGUCCGCAUGCCAGAUUAUCGUGCUUCUUUUGUCUUCACAGCAUGAGUUGCUGCUGAGAAGUAGCGCUCUUGCCUUGUCUCUGCGUCUUUCCUCGACUCGCACAAUCACUCCCCCUAUCAAAUGUAAAAGUGUCUGGGUCUGGAAGAGUGGAAGGCUUGUCAUGCUUGUCUGGCAUGACCCAUGAUGCUUGUAACGCAUGACCCAGUAUCACAGAUUUUUGGAAAGCUUCCUGAUGCCAUUUCCACAUGACAAAUGCCCUCCUCGUGUAGCACAAACGUGGCUCCUCUUGCUGGUCAUGCAAUACAGAUUUUUUUAGAGUUCAAAGUUAGCAUCACAAGUUCCAACUUUCCAGACCCAGACAUUUUUACAUUUGAUACCCCCAUCUAGCUCCCGAACACUGCGCGGAGAAAUUGUUGAAACAGGUGGACUAUGAACUGCAAAAGUAUCGUACUCGUAUAAAUGCAUUACAAAUUCCCUCAGCAUGAGAAAUAAAAUUUGUAAUGCGGAUUUGCCUUACGAGAAGGAUUUGUAAUGCAAGACUUGCAUUUAUACGAGUACGAUACUUUUGCACAGGAUAUGGACGAGUUGAUCUCGACCAAUUUCCCGGAGGCGUUUCGGUACCAGCAGACCGCGAGGGGCAAGACGCGGAGCUUUCAGAUUCCUCUUCAUCUUCCCUCGGGCUAUUUUUUCGCACAACACAGAAUGAAAAAUCCGCAUCCAGACAAGGUGCGAGUGCAACCACACCUACUGGAAAGGCAAGGAAGCCAGAGCCUGACGAACCGCUGGAAUGCGCCAUCUGCCUGGAGCCGUUGACGCAGAAUGGAAAGGUUGUCCCUGCGAAGAAAGGCUCCUCCGCGACCAAAAAGUCGUGCUCCGACUCUGACAUUGCAAGCGUCGGCCGCUUUCUGUUGCAGUUGUGUCUAUCGGCGGAUCGGACUGGUGGGAGAGCUGCUGCUUCGUCGGGAGGAAGGAAUCGAGAGCGGCAGGAGGAACGUGGAAAUGCGAGGACAGCUUUAAAUUCUGGCACGUCACAGGAGGGUAUCGUGGGAACUGCUGAUGAGAAUGUUCCAGGCGCUCCUUCUGACAGUGCUGUAACAGUUCAUCGCGCUACUGAAUCGUCGUUCGAGCAAUUCCUGGCGGAAGUCGUCUCUAUUCCCGACGAAAGAGAAACUGUAAGAGAGUCUGACUCACGGUCACCAUCAGCCGACGCUGGUGCAAGCGGAAGUACUGGUAGAGCAUCCCCAAUCGAUGAUGAUGACCACGUCGCUCCUCCACCUGCCUGUAUGUGGCCCAGGAACGGACUUUGGAAAAGAGGCAAGAAAAUGAAAAGUGGAAAAUCGAAGGACCACAUCGAGCAGAAACUUCCAGUCAGGUUGCUUCGCGAGCCUUUGCCUCGAGGAUUCCCCGACUCCGCCUUUUCGCAGCCGCUGGUGUUCAAGUACAACGGAAAAAACAAGGACGACGUCGCCGAUUGCUAUGAAACGCUCCCAGGCUGCUCCUCUGCGGUGAAGCGAAAGCUCAUGUCUUUCGGCGGAGCUACGACUCCGGGAAGUAGAAGUACUACUAGUAGUGCAGCUUUGUCAGCAGGUACAAGCUUUUUCUCUCGGUCCACGUCUUCCUCGAGCAGUAGCACCACCGCGCCAUCGUCGCCGGCGUCAUCGGCGAAUUCCCCCGCAAGUGUGCGAUCCUUUCCCUUUACCCAGUCUUCAAGACCACGUACGGGCAGUGAUACUUCUGUAAUGGAAAACGAGGAGGACGACGGCUACGAUUGCACCAGCGAAUGUUUGGUGCUCUGGAAGGUUGAUGCCGAGAAUCCGGACGCGAUCGUGCUUUCCCAUGCAGUAGAUUCGUCCUCGAACAUGGCAGAGGAGGAAGAAGGAGAACUAGAAGCACAAGGCAUCAAUCGUGAAAACGAAAACUACAACCGGCCCCGCUGUCUCUGCGACAGCAGGGGGAGCACUGAAAGAACGAAAUCCAACGACAUCCUCACGUUGCCGCAUUGUCAGCACUCGUUCCACAUCUCCUGUUUGGAAAAAGACAUCCGGUCUCGGCUCCGGUUUUUCCUUGGACGGGAGAAUUUUUCGGGUGUGCGCGCGCUGUGCAACCCCUACCCCUGCCCUUUGUGCCGCAACGAAGGCCUGGUGGCGGCCAUUCCCAUGGCGCAGGCGGACCUGGAGUGGGUGUACCGGGAGGAGGAGCACGCGGUGGACGAAUCGCUUCGGAACGGCGCCUGCAAAAUUCUCACGGCGCGCGGAAAUCGGAAGAGCGCAGGGCGGGAUGUAAGCAAUAAUUCCGGCACGGGUGUGUGUGGAGGGACUCGCGGGGGAGGUGCGAGGCCGAUUAAUUAUGCGUUCAAUCCGCACGCGCACGCGUCGGAACUGUGGUCGAUUUAGAUAGUGUUGCGGGCCUUAUCAGAAAACGCUGCGACGUUCAUGAUCCGCGCCAACGUGAGAAGAAUUACGUAGCAAAUUGAAGUUUCUGUGGUCGACCACUCACGUAAUUUUUUUCUUUUAGAGCUGUACCGCGGUGAGAUACUUGUAUCUUCUUUUUUGGCAAGGUGUGUGUCGAUUGGUAUGCUUAUGCUCUGAUUUUGCUUUUCCCAAUUCUCGUUUUGUACGUUUACACGUCUAUAGGUGCGCUGUAGAUAUUUGAAACGAAUUUUCCACUCUUUUUCCGCAUCCUAGAAUACAGUCAACGUUUAGAAAAUGCCGUGUCUGCAGAAUUUUGGUUUUACGCACAAAAAGUUUUGUUUCAAAUUGUCGUUGCUGGUCUGCAAAUCAAAACAAAACAACUUUCCUGAGAAAACAGUAACUUGUAGUAAUUCCGAAGCCGUCAACAUCACUUGGACUUGGACGAAAUUAACAUUGCCCGAGGUAAGAGAAGCGAAAGACGGGUGUGCGUGUGAGCGGAUUUGUAUGUGAUUGGCAGUCGCAGUGUGAACCAGUG